AACCGUUCAAAAAGAAGGUGGUUAGGGUAGUUUUGAAAGGAGUAUAAAAGCAAUAGAAGAAGCCAGUCAGCAGUUUUAGGGCUGAAAAAGAAGAUACAAAGCCGAACAUCAGGGCUACCUUCUCUAACUCUUCAAGAAAAACAAAUUCAAAGAGAAAAUGGAACAAUACGUAAAGGUUGAGAAGCCGAAAGUGGAAACUCCGAUUGAUGAAAAUGAGAUUCGCAUUACUAGUCAAGGCAGGAUGCGCAGCUAUAUCACUUACGCCAUGACUCUUCUACAGGAGAAAGGUUCAGAUGAAAUUGUGUUCAAGGCUAUGGGUAGAGCAAUUAACAAGACUGUGACAAUUGUGGAGCUGAUUAAGAGAAGAAUUGUUGGCUUGCACCAAAUCACAUCAAUUGGAUCCACAGGUAUCACUGAUACAUGGGAACCAUUAGAGGAAGGCCUUAAUAUUAUUGAAACCACGAGGCAUGUUUCGAUGAUUACUAUUACCCUUUCAAAGAAUGAGAAGGACACAUCUGCAAUUGGGUAUCAGCCUCCAUUGCCCGCUGAUCAAGUGAAAGCAUCAAAUGAUUAUGAUUAUUAUGAAGGAGAGGGCUCUCCAAAUGCCCGGGGCCGGGGUCGUGGUGGUAGAGGAAGGGGAAGGGGCAGAGGUCCACCAGGCAAUGGAUUUAUGUCUGCUGAUUAUGAUGACGGAGGCUGGGAUCAGAACCGAGGCUAUCCCAGGGGUAGGGGGAGAGGAAGGGGCCGUGGCUUUCGUGGCCGUGGAAGGGGAGGGUUCAAUUACAAUGGUCCUAUGGUAGAUCCCCAGCAAGACGCAGGAGGUUACGUGCGAGGCCCACCACCUGUUCAAGGCCGUGGUCGUGGUCGCGGGAGGGGAGGAGGUCGUGGAAGGGGUGGCCGAGGUGGGCGUUCCAAUGGCCCUGCUCCGGUUGCUGCUGGAGAUGCUUAAUUGCUCUUCAUUUGAACAGAAAAUGCGCAGGGGUACCUGUUUUGAAAGUGUGUAAUGCCUGCUCUGUCUCUAUGUUUGACAUUGGUUUCUUUUUUGUUGUCUUAACUAAUUGUACUUUUUAGGACAUCAUGAAUGUGUACCAUUAUAGACUAUUAGACUGUAGUUUAGAUUAAAGUUUCGUGUAGCCCAAUUUGUGGCAAUUUUUCCUUUUUUCUUUCCUAGAAGAGUAGGUUGAGUAUUUGUUUCGGUAAAUGUAUUUUGUUACAUAUUACAUUGGUGAGCAGUGCAUUCUUUUAUUGUUUA